GCACACUGAAAGCUCCUUUGUGAAUCCAAAGAAUGAUCUCUUUGUCCACAACUUAUUUAUUCCACUUCCAUAUAAUUCUGUGUAGAACAGACUGAUGACAAUAAUUGAGAAGAAGAGCACUAGAGAGAUGUGGGGCAGUCAUUCUGGAAAUAUGUCCAUGAGCUGCUUAUAAAUCAAGCAAGUGUGCAGGCAGACGUUACUGUAACUGUUUCCCAGAUGCUUGUUGUUGUGCAAUUCAUCAUGUGGUUUCCCCAGUAUAGUUUCAGACAGAUUGUGACAUGCCUCUGCAACAGAUUGAGCUGAGUUUCCCACUGACGUAUCAUCUGUUGGCAGGUGUUCAGAUAUGUGCUUGUGAACUUCAGAUCCCAUAUCACUCCUCAGUAGAGAAUUAGGAACCAAGCCACAGACAUGACGGAGAGACGUGGAUUAUUUGCCAUGUGGAAAGAGCUGCUGCUGGGAUUGUGUGUGCUGCUGCUGCUCCUCACCUCUGCAGGUUUAGUCUUUCUGCUUGUUCAGCAGACAGAGCUGGUGAAGGAGAUGGUCAGGUUGGACACUCAGGUGCAGGAGCUGUCACAGAGCUGCAAACUGUCCACAGAACCUGGACAUGUGAAGACGCUUCACCGCAGCAGGCGAAACCAGGAUGGGGAACCGACCCAAAGUGAGGAUCAGACGGACAUGCUGAUGUUGAUGACAUACUCCAUGGUCCCUGUCAAAUCCCUCGCUGACCUGUGUAGCAACAACAAAGGAGCUUGUAUCACAGGUCCACCUGGACCACCCGGACCGCCAGGUUUGCCAGGUAGAGCAGGCUCACCGGGGCCGCAGGGUGUGCCAGGGCCGAAGGGGAAACGAGGAAGAAGAGGUCUCUCUGGCCCAAGGGGUCCACCAGGUCCACCUGGUUUACCUGGUCUAGUCUGUCCGGCCUAUAAUUGGACUGAAAUGAGAAACAAAACCAUCUGUGGGCGUCGUCAUCAACCCAACACGAAUUCUCUCCCGACCAGAGCGGCUUUCACAGAAAACACUACAAGAAUAAACAAGUCUGAAUCAACAUCACACACAAUCACGUCAUAUGUUGCUGACUUGAGGAAACUUUUCAACACGACAGUGAAACCUGCAUUGGUAUCAUUUAAUCUGAGCUACAGCAGCAACAACACCUUGAAUGAUACCAACACAGUGGCAACAGGUCGUCAUACUAACACCUUAAAUGGCAGAGGAAAUGUCACCUAUACUCCAGUGACUAAUGUUUCUCUUCAUCCAGACAACAGAUAUGACACCAACACAGGGAAUGUUACAGAGGCACCAGGAAAACUGCUAACAGUGUUACCGACGCCACAUUCAACAGAUCGAGCCAGUGGUAGCUUUAGUUUUACUCCCUCGCAGAGACAGACAAACAAUGACAUGGAAACUGUGUCGUCUUAUAAACACUACAACCGUGUAAACGUCUCCAACACUGAGAACACUACAGGGACACCAACACAGUCAACAACAGUGUAUUCUACAGCUUCACCCAUUGUGGACCAAUUCAGAGAUGUCGUCACUGACAACAAAACCACAAUUGAUUUGGCUGUGCAACAUGAGUCUGAGUUAUUUCAUCAAAACAAUAGCCAUGACCGUUUGACUGACACCAUGAGUGAGAAUGUUACAGAGGCACCAGUGAACUUACUGACAAAGUCGGUGUCAUUUCAUCAAAACAACAGCAAUGUCCACUUGACCAAUACCACAAGUGAGAAUGUUACAGAGGCACCAGUGAACUUGACAACUUCAGUUUCUGCAGAAUUGACUCCAAGGAGCAACACUAGCAGUGGAAACAUUAUCAAUACAACUAUGGAAAGAGGUCUGCUGUCUGAAAACCAAACCAGUGACGCCUUCAAUGUUAGUGGAACCAUGAAUGAAACACUCAUGCAAAGUGGCUCAAGGAACAACAAGCUAAAUUCAACUGAGAGAUGGACAAACACUGAAUCACCAACACCAUAUUCACCUGACCACAUGAACGUUACUAAGCCUAUGAACUUUCUGAACACAACCAUGGAGCCUGACCACAACAACAACAGCGUGAAUGUCUCCAACACUGAGAACAUUACAGAGACACCUACACGGUUAACAACAGCUCCACUCAUAGUGGACCGUAACAUGUAUGCCAGCAGCGACAACAGAACCACUACCUAUUUACCCGUGAAACAUGCAGAAUCACCAACACCACAUCCACCUGACAACAUGAACGUCACUGACUCUGGGACUCUUCUGAACACUGACAUGGAGCCUGAGUUGGUGUCAUAUCAUCAAAACAACAGCCAUGACCGUUUGACUGAUACCACAAGUGAGAAUGUUACAGAGGCACCAGAGAACUUACUGACAACCUCACUUGUGACUCAAAAGGAGAACAUUACCAAUCAGAACACUAUUGAAAGUGAUUUUUCUCGAGACUCUUUAUAUCCAAUCCAUAACACCAGGAUCACAGGGACAGCCAAUGAGGGGUGGACAAGAAAUGAGUGCGUUAUCAAAGCCAUUAAAUGUUCAGAGAAAACACAAAAAAUGAAAAGCACCUUUGGAGCAUGGAUGUCAGAUGCAUCGCUGCAGGAUGAUGGUCGAUAUUGGCUGGCCGAUCACUUUUCAGGUCGAAUUUUGGCCGAAUUUCAGAACAUUUCAACCUUUCAGAGCACAAGCAACAAAACUAUAGAUGUGCGAAAAUUCUAUCAGGGAUGUGGUCAUGUUGUUUACAAAGGCGUUUUUUACUACCACAAUGGUGGCACAAACAAACUUAAAAGAUUAGAUCUGAACACUGGGAAAAGAGACUCUUUGACCAUGGGAAACAGCAGAUUUAACAACCUGACUUAUCUUUUCUGCAACUCAAAGACGUACUUCAAGUUUGCUGUGGAUGAAAAUGGACUGUGGGUCAUUUUUGCAUCAUAUACAGAUGAUAUUGUGAUGGUAGCGAAGCUCAACUCUGACUCAUUCUCUGUGGAGUAUGUCAUUAACACAGCCUACCCUAUGACCAAAGCAGGAAAUGCUUUCAUUAUUUGUGGUGUGCUGUAUUUUACAGACGACAAAGACAGGAGAGUGACACAUGCCUUUGAUUUAAAGAAAAAGAUUCCCCUCGAUGCAAGUUUUGAUUUAAGGCCAGAUACAGGCAUCUUGGCGAUGCUGUCAUACUAUCCCAACAAAAAGCUUUUAUACAUGUGGGAGAACAGCAAUGUGAAAACCUGCAGGGUCAAACUCAGAGUGACCUAAAAUUACCCAAAAACAAUCGUGUAAAAUUAGCAUUAAAAUUAUUUUUGAAACCUCUUACAGAAGUUGCUGCAUUUGAUAUUUUUUGGAAUUACUGUGUGAUGAUAUAUUGAGUACCGAGUAAUGACCACAUGGGUUGAUAUGAAGAAAUGCAUGGCUUACACAUUGCAUCACACAAACAGGGGACAUUUAUUUUUUGAGGUUUAUGGAGUUGCAACUGAUUUUGCCAAAAAAAGAAAGAUUCUGUUCUUAUCAUGGGUGUAUAACAAAGUAAUUUGCCAAAUUUUGCUCUCACGUAUAAGCAUAUUAUUUGUGGUAAUUAGUACAUAUGGUAUAUACAAAACCAAAACAAAUGAACAAAAAAGGAGCAAAGGGUUUUAGCAGAGUGACAUAAGGUAACACAGGUUCCAUGUUUCAGUGUUUGCCACGGUAAAUAUUAAAAUAAAUAAAAAUAAUUAAAAAUA